GGUAUUUUAUAACUCUUAAGAGAUAAACGCGAGUGUGCCAUCCAACGAGUUAGACACUUGUGUCUUGACCAUUCUGGUCAUAAUUUUAUCCCUCAUACCACUCGGGGUAACUAUACAUUGUUUGUGAUAUCUCAUAAUUUGUUGCAUAAACUCGCAUAUUUAUAUAUAUUUUUUAUUUAGUGAAAAAUAUUAUCAACAAAAAAAAAAUCUUCAAAAUACAGUGUUACUUUUGGUGAUUUAAAAAAAAAAAAAUUUAUAUACUUCCUGACAAAGAAUUUUCUAAAUUAAUAUACGAGUAUACUUUUAGUGGUUUUUUAUUAUUUAAUUUCAUAUUCAUCGGCUAACUUCAAAGUGGUAUUUAUUGAAGAAAAGGUUGCUCCUUUUUUAGUGUUAAAAGAAUUGAAGAAAGUGUUGGACAAAUACGCAAAAAAUUUUCUAAGGAGUAAACAGUGACACGCGUGUCAUCAAAUCAUGAUUAAGCUUUUGUAAAAGAAAAAAAAAAUCUAACUUUGAUAACUUUAAGAAAGUAUAAUCAUAGAUUAGUAUUUAGAAAAUUUUUAAUAAAAAUAGAAAAAAAAAAAAAUAUAUUACGCAAUCACUGGUGUAUUGGAAUUUUGAGUAGCGGUGCAUCCUCGUCAUAGUAGUAAAGAGGAAAGCAUCGAUCGUUCGCCAUUUUGCCAACAACUACCGCAGCACAGUCGCACCCAGUAGUAGCAGUGUUAAAAAAAGCUCUGUAAAAAUAAAAAUCAUAAAUUAAAUAACAAAAACAAAAUAAUUAAUCAUCUAAAAUAAUAGUAACAUAAAUAAACAAUAGCUUUUAUUAGAUUCUAUUAAUCCAAGUGAUAAUAAAAUUCCACCUUGUGAUUCAAAAAAAAGAAAAUUGAAUAAUAAAAACAAUUUAAUGCGAUCAUCGUGUUGUAAGGUCGCCGGACUUUAGUAUGUAUUGAUCGCAAGCGCGCGCCAUAUUUAGUCGCGGCGGCGCUUAUCACAGUACUCUGGGUAAUUUAAGAAGAAAAAGACAAUUUAAAAGACGAGCCCAAAUAACAAAAUAUAUAAAAACUAUAUUAUCAAAAAAAUAUAUAUAUAUUUAAAUAUAUAUUUGCCGAAAAAACAACAAGUGUUUUAAUAUUCAAAAAAUAUAAAUAAACAACUUGAUAUAACAUAAUUGCAAGUACAGAAACAGAAACAGAAAAAAAAAAAGAGUCAAAGCAAUAAAAAAGAAAGAGAGUGUGAGAGAAAAGAAAGACAAACAGUUUUCCAAGAGUUAAAAGAAUCGUCAGGCUGGGAGGUCGUCUGAGUGAAGUUGUGGGUCCCGUCGUGGAGGAGGCCAUUGAGCCAGGGGAUGCAACCCUGCUGACGGGGCCCUCGAGAGAGGUCUCGAUACCACGAGUACCUCCACCACCUCCACGUAUAUUAACAACCCCAAGUCCACCCAGACCACCUCCCCUUCCUACACCAUUACAACAAUUACAUCAACAAAAAUCACAACAACAACAACAACAAAAACAAUCACAUUUACAUCCUCAUAAUCAACAACAAUUAAUUAAAAGUCACAGUUCUGUACAAAUUCAUCAAAUUCAAAAUUCAACAAUUCAACAACAUCAACAUCAACAAUUACAUCAUCAAGUUAGUGAACCUGGACAACUUCAACAACACCAACAUAAACAAAACGAUAAAAUGGGUACUGUAUUGUCAUUUAGUCCACGUGAUAGACGUGCAUCAACAGUCUAUCCACCAAUUGGACAUCAACAAGAUUUUACGCUCAAUAAUUAUAAUUAUGAACAACUAAAUAAUGUUAAAAAUCGUGAAAAUAAAAAUAUAACAUCUGUUGUACAAUCAACAACAAAUAAUACAUCAUUACAAAAUAAUAAUAUUAAUAUUAAUAAUAAUGAUAAUGCUAAAAUAAUAUCAGAAAAAAAUGCAUUGGAAAAAAAUUUUAAAAAACAUUCAUUAUUUAUAAAUGCAUUAUCAUGGAAACGAUUUAGUACAACUAAUAAUAAUAAAAAAAAAUUGGAUAAUAAAAAUAAAAAUAUAACAUUUCGUCAACCACUUGAUACUAUACCAAAUGUUGAUAAAAAUAAAAAUAUACAAACACCACAGACAAAAGCACCAGUUUCAAAUAACAAUCAUGGAACUCAUAGUAUAAAAUGUGAAAAAAUAAUUGAUAGAUCACAGACAGUUGGUCCAAGAAAAACAGUUAUUCAAGCAUCAACAUCUGAAUUAUUAAGAUGUUUGGGUGUUUAUUUGCAUGGUAAAUGUACAAGACUACGUGAUUUUCAAGCUGGUGAUGCUGUCAUGUGGCUGAGAACUGUUGACAGAAGAUUACUACUUCAAGGUUGGCAGGAUGUGGCAUUUAUAAAUCCAGCAAAUGUUGUAUUUGUUUAUAUGCUAGUGCGUGAAUUAGUUGAUGGUGAAGAAGCAUCUGAGCGUGAAUUACAAGCAACAGUAUUAACAUGUUUAUAUUUAAGCUACAGUUAUAUGGGAAAUGAAAUAAGUUAUCCAUUAAAGCCAUUUUUAGUUGAAGAUAGUAAAGAUAAAUUUUGGGAUCGUUGUUUGCUGAUUGUUAAUCGUCUUAGUACUAAAAUGCUGAGAAUCAACAGCGAGCCUGGAUUCUUCACUGAAAUAUUCACCGAGCUCAAGGUAUAUGACACCCCAUGGAGGCGCCCUUCACUGAACAUGGGUCCAUAAAAUCCAAAGGGCCUGCCCGCGGAACCGGAGAACGUGGGAGUCUUACUGGAAGUGGCCUCGAGCGAAGCCUCGUUGUCUCCGGAGUCGCGGUAUCUACCAAGGCGGCUUGACAAAGCUACAGAGAAC